AUGCUCAUGAUUUUUCCAGGCGCUAUGGUAUACCAUGCUGAGUUUGAGAAGGCAGGCCAGCAGCCUGGACUGCAAGUGUGGAGGGUUGAGAAUUUUGACCUUGUUGCUGUACCAGAGAACCUGUAUGGAGGGUUUUACACCGGCGACGCCUAUGUGGUCCUCAACACCAUCAAACAGCGCUCUGGUAACCUGCAGUACGACCUCCACUUUUGGCUCGGUGACUUCUGCACGCAGGAUGAAAGUGGAUCAGCUGCCAUAUUUACUGUGCAAAUGGAUGAUCACCUGGGUGGAAAACCCAUACAAUACCGUGAGGUCCAAGGACAUGAAUCCAAAACGUUCUUGGGCUACUUUAAGAAAGGGCUGCAGUACAUGAAAGGAGGAGUGGCAUCAGGGUUUAAGCACGUCGUCACCAACGAGGUGGUGGUGCAGCGCGUGCUCCAGGUUAAAGGUCGUCGUGUCGUGAGGGCAACAGAGGUGCCGGUCAGUUGGGACAGCUUCAACAAAGGCGACUGCUUCAUCCUGGACCUCGGCAACGAGAUCUACCAGUGGUGUGGCUCCAAGAGCAAUCGAUUUGAGAAGCUGAAGGCCACUCAGCUUGCCAAGGCGAUCCGUGACAACGAGCGUAGCGGGAGAGCGCGUGUGUACGUGUGUGAUGAAGGUGUGGAACGGGAAAAGAUACUUGAGGUUCUAGGAGAAAAACCAGACCUGCCUGAAGGAGCCGAUGAUGACCUCAAGGCAGAUGCGUCCAACAGGAAACUGGCAAAACUGUACAAGGUUUCCGAUGCAAACGGCAGCAUGUCUAUGGCCUUAGUGGCUGAUGAGAACCCUUUUACCCAGAGUGCUCUGGAGUCCACAGACUGCUUUAUCCUGGACUAUGGCUCUGAUGGUAAAAUCUUCAUCUGGAAAGGAAAGGACGCCAAUGUGGAGGAGCGCAAGGCAGCCAUGAAAGCAGCAGAUGGCUUCAUUAAGAAGAUGGGCUACGAGAAACACACUCAGGUCCAGAUCCUCCCCGAGAUGGGCGAGACACCACUGUUCAAGCAGUUCUUUAAGAACUGGCGCGACGUGGACCAGACAGACGGCAUGGGCGUGGCAUACGUUUCCAACCACAUCGCCAAGAUCGAGAAGGUGCCAUUCGAUGCCGCUACGCUGCACGAGUCGCCUUCCAUGGCGGCGCAACACGGCAUGAUUGAUGACGGCAGCGGAGAGAAACAAAUCUGGCGUAUUGAAGGUUCUGACAAGGUUCCCGUCGACCCGUCUACUUAUGGCCAGUUCUAUGGCGGUGACAGUUACAUCAUCUUAUACAGCUACAGGCACGGCGGCAGACAGGGACACAUCAUCUACAUUUGGCAAGGAGCAGACUCCUCACAGGAUGAAAUUGGAGCAUCCGCCAUCUUGGCUAUGCAGUUAGAUGACGAGCUUGGAGGAGGACCCGUGCAGGUGCGUGUGGUUCAGGGUAAGGAGCCGGCGCAUCUCAUGAGCCUGUUUGGUGGAAAGCCCAUGGUGGUGUAUCAGGGAGGUACAUCCAGAGAUGGAGGUCAGACCCCACCUGCACAGACUCGGCUGUUCCAAGUGCGCUCCAACUCGACCGGAUGCACCCGGGCUGUAGAGGUUGAUGCUGUCUCCUCAAAUCUAAACUCCAACGAUGUCUUCCUCCUGGUGACUGCAUCGGGCAGCUUCAUGUGGGUCGGUGUUGGUGCCAGUGACCCUGAGAAACAGGGCGCCCAGCAGCUGUGUGGCCUCCUCGGGGUUGCUGCUUCUGAGAUCGCAGAAGGUGGAGAGAGUGGCGACUUCUGGGCGGCUCUGGGAGGACAGAUGGAUUACCGCACAUCCACCAGGCUGAAGGAUAAAAUGGACACUCACCCACCCAGACUGUUCGCCUGCUCCAACAAAACUGGACGCUUCAUCAUUGAGGAGGUACCUGGGGAGAUGACUCAGGAAGACCUGGCCACAGAUGAUGUCAUGCUUCUGGAUACCUGGGACCAGGUGUUUGUAUGGAUCGGUAAUGAGGCACAUGAGGAGGAAAAGACUGAGGCAAUAGCAUCAGCUGCCCGCUACAUUGAGACAGACCCGGCCAACCGAGACCGCCGUACUCCUAUCGUAAAGAUCAAGCAAGGCUUCGAGCCACCAACGUUCACCGGCUGGUUCCUGGGCUGGGACCACGAUUACUGGAGCAGCGACCCUCUGGACCGUGCCAUGGCUGAGCUUGAGAUUUAAUCCAUCACCUCUGUCUUUUCCACCCCACUGCCUUAGUAUGGUAGCAGUCGUAGUUGCCCUCUUACCACUGAUCAACACGUUUUUUUUUGCAUUGGAGCAUUUGAGGGAUCAGUGUAAAAAGGCAACUCGUCACGCCUUGUCUGCAGUCAGCUUUUAUUUCCAGUUGCACUUUUUUUUUACUGCAUUUUAAACGUAGGAAUUAUACCUAAGCAAUAGGUUGUUGUUUUUUAAGGUAGAUCAUGUGGUGUUGAAAGCUUUUUAUUCGCUAGUGCUGUUUCAGUGCUCCUUUUGAUCACACCGUAAAGACCAAAACACGUCGGAUGACAAUUCGAGGAGUUUGUAAAUCGCAGAUUGUCGCUCCUAUAACGGAGGUUCAGUCUCAAAUUAGGAAUCACCAAGGGAAUAUCAUGGCUGUUUACUGAGGUUGGUUUCGUUUUCAGCGUGCUGUUGCCUGGCAGAACAACAAACAUUCUCUAGGGAUGCAGAACAUGUACGUUUUAAAAAAAAAUGAAAAAGAACAAAGCCUGUUUUUUCCUGUAGGAUUGCAUAUAGUUUGCUUUUAUGUAUGAUUUUUAAGGGCGUUUAACAGCAAUAGUAUCUUCUCUUAGUUUGCACUUUUUUGCCACUUUAUUCAGAGUGAAUAUUUGAAAUGAAGCCAUUUAUCUGAAUAUAUAGUGCCUCAAAAAUAGUAAUAUCCAAAACAUUAGCCUUAUGUCCAUGCCUUUUUUACCCUCACACCAUGUACAGUAGCUAUUUAUAGUAAUAAAGGUAUCUGUGCUGAUGUCGUGCAUUAUUCCUAUCUGCUGCCAGAGGGCGCUACAGAACAGUUUGGCAGAAAAUCAUGAGAACAUAAGAUCUUAUAGAGAUAAUAUUCUGGGAGUGAUCAAGACCACACACACAUUAUAUAACCAGGAGUUUGUUCCUUGUACACCCAUAUAUAUUCAAUUUCUGCUAAUGAAAAUAUGCCAUUCUAUUGGUUUACUUUUGGUCACAUAUCCCAAUGUCAAUCUUUUAAAACAAUUUCCAUAAGUAGUAGCAGCUCCAGCUUUCAGCAACUGUUUCACUUCUGAUUUAUAAUUGUGUCAUACAUACAUAAUCAUGUCAAAACAACAAACCUCUUACAAAGAACAGGCCUCUGGUGGUCUCUGUGUAUCUUUGCUUUGUGUCUGCAUGGCGUGUCCGCUUAUUAAUGACCGGCCUGACCAUUUGUUUAGAAUAGUAUAAUCCUGGAACAGCAUGAGAAAAACAUUUCAAGUAUGCAUCACUGUGUCAUAGUCACAAAUUCCCGUCUUUGCUGCUUUUCUGAACCCUGUUACUGACACCAAACAGAUUUCCUGCCUUACAUUUGUUACAAUAAAAACAGCUCUGUGCAUCGUU